GUCCUUCCCGCCUCACUCAGUCUUCCUGUCUCUCUUUCCUCAGUGGCAGGAUUACAGAACCUGUUGCUGGAGUGCCCUUGUCUGAGCUUUCUGCCUGGCUUUUUUCCUCUGCUCAGAUCUUCUCUUUGCUGCGGUGCUGCACUAAGCAUGGAGAAUGACCAGUCUUCCACCUCACCUGGGCAGGACAUCCAGGGGCAGAGUGGGGACAAACCUGCCCCUGGCCUGCCAUCCCCUGCUCCAGUCCCCAUGGAGCAGCCAAGCAGCUGGCCCGAAGCAGCCAUGUGUGACAUCUCAGAGGAGCUGAGCCGGCAGCUGGAGGACAUCAUUAAAACCUACGGGUCUGCCACGAGCCUGAUGGAGAAGGAAAGCACUGCUACAGGAGCAGACAGGCCUGAGAAGGGAGAGCCAGGCAGCUUGGAGGAUGCAGAGUAUGAAGAUGGAAAUGAAGAGAGUGAGAAAGAGAAGUUGGCUCCUGGGGAUGCUUCCAAAGCAAAGGAGCCCAGCAGCAACAAGGAGCAGAAGCUGGAGAAGAAAAUCCUGAAGGGACUAGGAAAAGAAGCCACCCUCCUGAUGCAAAGUUUGAAUAAGCUGAAUACUCCAGAAGAGAAGCUGGACCUGUUGUUUAAGAAGUAUGCUGAGCUGCUUGAAGAACAUCGUGCUGAGCAGAAAAAGCUGAAGUAUCUACAGAAGAGACAGGCCCAGAUCACCAAGGAGAAGGACCAGCUGCAGAGUGAGCACAGCCGAGCCAUCCUCGCCCGCAGCAAGCUCGAGAGCCUGUGCCGGGAGCUCCAGAGGCACAACAAGAACCUCAAGGAGGAAACAAUCCAGCGGGCACGGGAGGAAGAUGAGAAGAGGAAAGAAAUAACUAAUCACUUCCAGGGCACACUGAGUGAAAUCCAGGCUCAGAUCGAGCAGCAGAGUGAGAGGAACAUGAAGCUCUGCCAGGAGAACACGGAGCUGGCAGAGAAGCUGAAGAGCAUCAUUGACCAGUAUGAGCUGCGGGAGGAGCACCUUGACAAAAUAUUUAAGCACAGAGAACUUCAACAGAAACUGGUGGAUGCCAAGUUGGAACAGUCUCAGGAAAUGAUGAAGGAAGCCGAGGAGCGACACCAGAAAGAGAAGGAAUAUCUCCUGAACCAAGCUGCAGAAUGGAAGCUCCAGGCCAAAAUGUUAAAGGAGCAAGAGACUGUCCUGCAGGCACAGAUCACUCUCUACUCUGAAAGAUUUGAAGAAUUUCAGAAAACAUUGGCCAAAAGCAAUGAAGUGUUUGCCACAUUCAAACAGGAGAUGGAAAAAAUGACAAAGAAAAUGAAGAAGUUAGAAAAGGAUACUGCUACAUGGAAAUCCAGGUUUGAGAACUGUAACAGAGCAUUACUGGACAUGAUUGAAGAGAAAGCCAUGAGGUCCAAGGAAUACGAGUGCUUUGUGCUGAAAAUCCAGAGACUAGAGAACCUCUGCCGUGCUCUGCAGGAAGAGAGGAAUGAAUUGUACAAAAAAAUAAAGCAAGCACAGUUCCCAGAAGAGGUGAAUGGAAAUGGCAUCUUAGAAGAAGAAGAAGAAGAUGAUGAAGAAGAUGAUACUAAAACAACCCCUUCCCCCUCUGAGCAGGCCAGCAUGGAGCUGCAUGAGAGUGACAAGAGGAUGCUGAAGCAGCUGGCUGAAGCUUUCAGGGUGUCCCACAAGGCAGAGGAGUCCCUCCCAAGCAACAGCAGCAAUCCAGAGCCCUGUGACACUCAAACCUGUAAUGCCACCCUGGCGCCAGAGCCUCCUGCUCCUCUCACUCCGCAUUCAGAGGCUGGGAAAAACUGUGAGCAGCCCAGCACAAGCACACCAACACCCACUGAACACACACCAGCACCCACUGAAAGUAUGACAGUGCCCACUGAGAACGGGUCAAAGCCCCCCAAAAGCAUGCCCUCACUUCCAGACAGGGUGCCAACACCCACAGAAAGUGUGCCAGUGCCUCCUGAGAGUGUGCUUGUCCCCGCUGGGAAGAUGCCAAUACCCACUGAAAGCAUGCCAGCAACCCCUGAAAACGUGCCAACCCCCACACAAAACACACCCAUCUCCCUUGGGAAUAUGCCAGUGCCCAUUCAGGGUCCACCAAAAGCUGCAGAAUGUGUGGAUGAGCCAGCAGAUAGAUCUGUCCAGGGUCAGUCUGCAGAGCAAACAGGGGACACAGACAUGGAAGCAGUGGAUUGAAGACACCAUGUGUCCAGGCUUGUCUUCUGCAAACCAGAGCUCUGCUUUGUCCUCUAAAUGGAUACCUUUUUUUUUUUUUUAAGAAACAAAAAUUGAUUCCUAAAACACACUCAUGUAUUUGUAUGCAAAUGUAAUGCACUUCUCCUUGCUACCACUAUCCAGUAAUAAUGGGUCUGCAAAUUUUGCUGUCCUUCAUCUGCUUGAAGUAUAAUAUUUUCUUAAUGACAUGGAAAUACAAUGAAAUCACAGGAUCUCUUUUUCCCAGGCAUGAUGAGUCAUCUCAUUCAGGAAAAUAAUUUUAGUUUUGCACUUCCAUGUUUCAAAAACCAAUGCAAUUCUCAUGCAUAUAUUUAAAGACUCAUCAUUAAUCCUAUCUAUUUAUUUUGACAUUGCAUAAAAGGUGGCCUACUUGGACACACUGUGAUUUUAAUAAAUGAGGUGAAAGGAAUCUCUAAUUACAAAGUAAAAUAGUGAAACCAUAAAUGUGGUCAGCCAUAUCCAAGGAGCGGUGCAACAGCCAGAGGUGAAUUUUUGGGCAAGGAAAUGACCACUCAGCUCUGUAACCUAAACACCCACAAGCUUUCAGCCUUACCUUCCAUUGGUCUUUUCUGCUCAGUGUUCUAGAAUAGGUUUUGUUUUCAACAGAACUACAGGGAAAGGAAAAAGAUCUUUUCUAGAUUCACAUAAAAUAACCUGAAAACAGCAAUUUCCAAAUUGAUGGCAAUUCCCAAGGUAGGGGUCACAAUUCUCUUUCUACAUCCAACAGAAAACUGCUACAUUAUCAUACUAUUUGGAAUGACAAGGCCCACAGUGGGGAUCAUGCCUGUUUCCAGCACAUAAACGAGGUUAGAAGUUCAGAAGUUGGUUGCAGAUCCCAAUUUCUAGGCAAGGAGCAGAAAGCAGAGUGGAAGGUACCAGGAUGUAUUCCAGAAGGAUACUGAAGAACAGUUCUGAGAUCGUGCUUCUGGAUGGAGCUGUCCCUCCCAGUUACAGCCACAUGAACCACAGCUUCCUCCCGGCACUGCUGCACGGGCUAAUGCUCCCAGGAGAAGGAUGAGGACUUACCUGUCACCCCAUUCUGGAAAUAGAGCACAAGUCAAUAAGCCAGAAGCAAAGAACCAGGAAAGCAGGAGUCCCUCUCACAGACACCUCCAGGGGCUGGCUACAUUCCCAUCCCCUUUCUUGUCUAACCAGCUCUACCCAUCUGCCUGCCAACAGCUAUUGCUUAAUAAUGCAGCCACCUUGACAGAAACUGGUUUAUUCUGGUGCCAAGAACAGAGAUGAAGAAGGAAGGAGGCAAGGGAGGAUACCUACCCAGACAGCUCUACAGUCUCAAGCAAGGAGACUACGUAGGCCUUUUAGAAGGUUAAAAUGUCCCCCAGAAAUGUCCCCCAGGAUUAUUUUAACCUUCUUUAAGCCUAAGUAGGCUUUUUGAAAGAAGGUUAAAAUAAUCCUGGGGGACAUUCCUUGUUUCUCAUCUCUUUCCUCUGAAUUCCACCCAGACCUUUCAGAGUCUUAGCUGGACAGCUUAAGAAUUUGAAAAGGGCAAUUAAACAAGAUGUUUAGAGGUUGGAAAGGGAAAUCUUACAAUCAAAGAAACCCAUGUUUAUAGACAAAUCCCAAGAAGACCCCAAAGACAAAGCAACUUGUUCAAGCCAAAGUUGAAAUAGAGGUGAACCAAGAGGAAAGCUGUCGUCUUUGACACACUGUGGGAAACAGUGGUCACAGAGUCCUUACAACAUAUCACUCUCCAAAAAUGGGGUUUGAAUUUUUGCUUACUGCCAACAUGGUCCAUACCCUGCUUAUAUGUCUGUGAACUGCUUGGUUACAGAGCUGACCCUUGGAGUACACAGAGCAUAAACUGCAAAAGUGUGUUUGGAUAUGGCCUGUAGCUAUCAUGACUAGUUUUCAAUUGUGAAUGCCUUAUGUUAGAUAACAAGACCUACAGGAUUUAUCUCAUGUCUUUAAUCAUGUGAAAGUAGAUAAUUUGAGUCUUAGUUAUCUUAAGCUCCUUUUAUAAACAGUGGAGAAGGAAAAGCAUCUUUUGAGGACAAGUUAUCCCAUGAUAAGACUGGCAUCCAAGUCAGAAGGAAUUACUUUCUGUCUGAAGGGGAUCUUUCUCUUCAGAUGCUAGAGCCAGCCUAAGACAACUAAUUUAAAUUUAAUAUGUCUAUUGUUAGGUAUCUAAAUUAGGCAACAUGAAUUCCAUAAAAUAUUCAGAUUCAAAACCCUAAGUGAAUGGCCAUCUCUGAAAACCAAGCCAGUUAUGUGCCUGAAAACAUUAUAACAAAUCUGUAUCCGAAGAUAAAAAGUUAUACUCACUUGAUACUACACUUCUUUUAGUUUCCAUUGACUUAAGUUGGUAGAAAUAUAGUUGCUGUUACAAGUUUUGUUUGUUACCAGGGUGACUUUUAAAAUUAAUGCAAUUUAUAUACUUGUUAAUGUUUUGGGGGUUUUAAUUUUUGAUCUCCUUUGAUUCUGUUGACAUUUUAGUAACCACCUGCGUGAAACCAACUUCUUUUUCUUUAAAUACUCCCUUCUUUAUUUUCAAAUAGCCUCCAGUUGUUGAUUUUUUCUUAUACAUUCAAACAUUUAAUGCAAUAAUAAUGGCCUUACAACUUUAGGUUGGUUCCAUUUUACAUAAUCAUUAUGGUCAUAUCUUUAGUUAUGUAAUUCAUGUCUCAUACCUUCCAACUUCAGCAAGCAGAGAGACAAGGAUCCUGCAGAUAAAAACUUCCUACAUAGUUAUGAUUGAUUCUUACAGCAUCAUUCCUCAUUAAUAAAUACACUGCCUUCUGGGAAAAUUACUCCCACACUCUUCCACCUUCCUCAUUUUUGCCCUUGAAAUUCUAACACUGCAAAAUUCUAACACUCAAAUGCUUGCAGCUCCUAUUGCUAUGAGUUUCUCUCACAUUCCUGUUGCUUCUCUUCUUUUCUCGUGUGCCAACUGAAUUUUAUCCCAGCAGUUUCCUCCUCAUUUUCAGCAUGUAUGCACACAUACAAUACUGAAAGCACAGAAGAGUGACCUCCAUAGCUUUUCGUUUCAGGAUUUGGCUUCAGGUGUUUACAAGAGAUGAGAAUUGUAGGGAAAAUUCUGGCUGAUCCCAAGCUGCACAGAGUAUUUAGAGUCAAACUGUGGAGAUGGUUUAUGUGUAAUCUCAUGGCCUGUAGAGCUGUGGAAAGUUGGAGUACCCUCAGUGGAAAUGGAAAAUCUGUAAAAUUUAACCAAGCGCCUCUUAAUCAUCCACUGCAUCAGACUGGAAGAUUAAAUCACCAUCACAGAUUUCUGUGUGCUAACCUAGAUUCUCUCAUUCUUCUUCAACAUUAACUCCUGGCCUACCUUACUCUUUUCUUCCACUGGUACCCAAUAUAAAACUGACUAUGCACAGUAUCCUUGUAAAAAGCCUUUGGGAUGGCAGUCUGCACAGCAGCUCUGCUGCACUUCCUCAGGUGCCUCUGCACUCAAGGCACAGAAAACCACACUUCUGUGGGUUUCAACACUCAUUUGGAGGCAGCAAGUGGCAGUGAGACCUGCCUCCAGAGUGUUCAUUAUUAUCAUCAUUAUUCUAAUCUGGCAGUGUCAUCAGUCCCGGUGUGUUGUGUGGUUGCCUCCUUCAGUCUCGCUUUUAUUUCACGCAGUUAGUCCCUUAUCACCAGGCACAGAUUUGGGGGUGAGGAGAGGUGGUGAAGGUAGCUAUUUCUUCCUUACUAGGAAGCAAGAGCUUUUUUUAAAACCAGCAUCUGCUGACAUUCAUUUGGUUUCUAGAAUUUCUGUUUUCUCAGGUUAGAUGGUCCAGGUGCCCUAUGGCUGACACCGGAAAGCUUCAGCCUGCACACUGCCAGCUAGUUGAGGCUCUGAAAAACAAAGUUGCAAGCUGAACACACCUCCAGUGUCACAGCCAAUCCUACACAGAAAAGAACUUUAAGUCCCAAGUGUCGAGUGCUGCGAGUCAUCAUGCUAUCUCUUCCCAUGUGUUUCCCACCAGUUUCCAGAGAAAUAAAAAUAAAAUGCCAUCUCUGGCAGAAAUGUGAGUUACAUCUUGUCCCCUGUGCCCCCAUUCAAGGCAUCACUCCCACUCAGAUGCUGCACCCGCUGCCCUCACCAGUGUGCACGGCUGCAUUUGAAUUGGGUUACUCCAACAAUUCAGGUUAAAAAUACACCACCACAAUCACCAAGAAGAGCUAAUUUUAACUCAGAUCAUUGCAGUGAUCCCGUUGGGGUUUUGUUCGGAUGGUAUCUAGGGAAACGUGACCUCAAUUAUGGUCACCGUAACUGCUAAUUGAACUCCACCCGUCCUUUAUUCAUAAAGGAAUCCACACAUUUGGAUGCUAACUAUGGAGUAUAAUGCUGUUCUCAGAGUUAAUGGCAGCCUUUCCACUGACUAUUAACAGACAUCUCCUGGAGCAAAUACAGAAUUUGGAAAGCUGUAUUUUAAAUCUCAGUCUGACCCCCGCACAAAAGACAGGGAAGACACAAUAUCCAACGCACAUCGCACAUCGGUAAUGACCAGCUGCAGCCUUUGGAACUGUCUGUUACAUCUUCUGCACACAAAGAAAGCUCCAACACUUCCAUACAGACACCCUGGGAUCUCAAACAGGAGAACAGGUCAAGUGCCAGCAGCAGGGUGAUCGCUCAAAAUUCAAGGAUCACGUCUCCCAGUUGCUGUGGUAGAGGCUAAUUGGCAAAAUGACUGAGCAACAUGCAUGUAGUGAGUUUCUCCUCUCCUCUCCUCUCCUCUCCUCUCCUCUCCUCUCCUCUCCUCUCCUCUCCUCUCCUCUCCUCUCCUCUCCUCUCCUCUCCUCUCCUCUCCUCUCCUCUCCUCUCCUCUCCUCUCCUCUCCUCUCCUCUCCUCUCCUCACAAAAUAUUAUUAAAUCAAAGUUUAUAGACCAGAGCAUCCCAAAACACAAGACUCUGCUUCUGUUACACUGGAGGCUAAAUGUAAUGUCAAAAAAAAAAGAGGCUUUUUUUUCACAGAAAGAAGAGAAACAGUGAAGAAGUCCAUGUCAUUUCUACUAGAAGCAACCUCUAUUUGUGGGUUGGUAAUGCAGUGUUACCCGCUGAAAUCCAAGGUCACAUUUGAAUUACAUCAGCUGAAAACAGUUUUGAUUUUAAGUUUGUGCUUCUAAACCAUCGCUAGACUGCCAGACCAUUGCACAAACCCACAGCUUUAACUGGUGCUAUUCUGCACAGUUAGAGAGUCUGUUCAGAAAAGUCUUGAUGACAGAAAUAGGGGCUUGACACAGUGGGAAAGAGAUGGACCUGCCACCAUGAGAGAUGUCUUAGCAGCAGAUCUCUGCACCUGCCUUGGUCAACCCAUUUAUCUCAGCUGGCAUUUUCUGCAUCAUUAAAUACACCCAUAACACUUCAGAUGAAAAUAACUGCAGUUUACAAGCAUGGUUCACAACAGCAUGGUAUGUUCAGCUGGCUCCUCAGAAAGGUGUCAUGGUUUAGCCUCAGCUGACAAUUAAAUAACAUGUAACCACCCCUUUACUACCCUCAUCCCCACAGUGGGAGUGGAGAGGAAAAUCAGAAAAGGUAAAACCCAUGGGCUGAAAUAAGAACAGUUUAACAACUGAGAUAGAUUAAAAUACAACAGCAAUAAUAUUAAAAAAAUGAAUUAUAAUAGUGGUGAAACAGGACAUAACAAAGAAUGAGAGAGGAAUAAAACUGAAGAAAGAUGAGUGAUGCACAAUUCAGUUGCUCAGCAUCACUGACUGAUGCCCAGCCUGUCCCUGAGCAGCAAUCAGCAGUUCCUGGCUAGCUCCCCACAGUUCAUAGACUGCACAUUUCACUCUGUGGUGUGAAAUAACCCUUUGGACAGUUCGUGUCAGCUGUCCUGGCCAUGUUCCCUCCCGGGUUCUUGUGCACCUGCUUGCUGACAGAAAACUGAGAAUUCCUUGACUUAGAAUAAGAACUAGAGAGCACAAACUAAAGCAUCAUUGUGUUAUCAACAUUUUUUUCAUACUGAAUCCAAAACACAGCACUGUACCAGCUACUAGGAAGAAAAUUGACCCUAAAAAUUAACUAAAGACAAAGCUAGGACAAAAGAAGACUGAACUUCUUCUGUAAAAGAUCACAGUGACCUUGUGCCUGCAGAAUAGCAGCUGACAACCCACCCACCACAUCUUUAGUGUAUUAUGUUUGCUGUUAUCUAUUUCUAUGUCUCUGUUACACUCAUAACAAUAAAGAUUCUUAAUGAA